GACAAAAAGCUGGGCAGACGCCAUUUUCAAGGCAGUGUCCAUAUUGUUGUUGCGACAGGUGGGCAGGGCAAAUUUUCCAACAGGUACUUGCUUUGGCAGCUCAAGAUGGACGACGUGGACGGCAGGAAAAAGCUCGUGCCUAGACUCUGCCACAUCGUGCGGUGGUCAGAUUUUGUGGGCUAUGGCUUUAAUUUGCACGCCGAAAAAGGCAAAGCAGGCCAGUUUAUCGGCAAAGUUGACGAGGGGUCGCCAGCAGAGGCGGCGGGAUUGAAACAGGGUGACCGCAUCGUCGAGGUAAAUGGUGUCAACAUCGGAAACGAAAAUCAUCAGCAGGUCGUGGGAAGAAUCAAAGCUGGAGGUGAUGAAACCACACUGCUUGUUGUGGAUCAAGAGACUGAUCAGUACUACAAGGAGCAGAAAAUAGUGGUUCGGGAGGAUCUCGAUGAAGUUCUGCGUUUGACUGCUCUUCGUGACAUAAAUGACACACCAGAGCAAGAAACUAACACCAGAAGUGAAUACAACAGAGAAUCCGUUGCUGGUUCUAAUGGAGAUGCCCUUGCUGAUUACUCAUUGCCAGAUGAGAGUUUAAAGCACCAGCCAAGACUCUGCAACCUCUGCAAAUGGCCUGACUUUGAUGGUUAUGGGUUCAACCUCCAUGCUGAGAAAGACAAGCCUGGGCAGUACAUCGGCAGUAUUGACCCCAACUCUCCAGCAGAGACUGGUGGGCUGAGGGAGAAUGACCGCAUCAUCGAAGUAAAUGGUGAGAACAUCGAGAGCCUGGCACACUCUGCAGUCAUUCAGAAGAUAAAGGCUGGAGGAGAUAAGACCAGCAUGCUGGUGGCUGACCAAGAGACCGACAAGUUUUACAAAAAUAGGGGACAAAGAAUCUCCAGCUCUAUGCCCAAUGUGCGGGUCUACACUACGCCGCCACGAUCAUCGGAUGUGAUUUUGGACCCACAAUGGUCCAAAGAUAGGGGGGUAUUGGAGAAUUCUGCAGCUGAGGAAGGCACUACAGAGGUCCAAGAAGACAUUGUCAUAGCAGAGACUUCUCUGCCAGAAGCAAGGAUUUCAUUAGAGGAAACAGCGAGAGUGCCUGAACCUGCACAGCAAGAGGAGUCUGCACAUGAACCUGAAGAAAAUGGUACAGAAGAGGUGGGGGCCUUGAAUGAGGUUGCUGGGCAUGCAGUAGCAGAGACCCAUGAAACUGUGGUGACAGCAGAUGAGGCCCCAGUGGACCUCAAUGCUUAUGAGGAAGUCACGAUCACAAGGUCAAGCCCUCCACCCACAGAUGCCCUAGACGGCACCACCAGUAAUGGCAUCAAUGGACAGAAUGAGGUGAAAAACAAAGUGCAGAGCAUGCCAUCAGAAGUUCCACCCUCUGCUGCUCCACAUUACGAUGAGCCCACGGCAGUAAUUCGCUCCCAGACCACUACUGCUGUUGUGGACCUGAACCUAAACCUGACAGCAGCACAGAUGAAGGAGCAGCUAAAGGCGCGUAGGAAACAGGACCCACGUAUGGUCAAGCAGACCUUUGAGCAGAAGCAUCAGAUGUUUGAGAAGCUGUGAGAAACUGCUGGACCAAGAUAGGGGCUUGAAACGGGGAGGGUCAUUUGAAUUAAACUUCCUUGCUUUUCCAAAUUUGAUUCUGUUGUUGUCUUUCCCUUUCCUCCUUUCCCCCAUACCAUACCCCCCACUCAUUAAAUAUUCUUCAGUCAGCUGUUCUCUCCCCUCCUCCUCCCCUCACCCCAGACUUGCUGAUACCUCCAACCUUGCUCGACAUGUUCAUGCAAAAUAAAGCAAGUUUCUGCCUCGAACCAAACAUAAUGAACAUAAAUUUGUGAUGCAAGUUCCUUAGCUUUAAUUUUUUUUCUUCGCUCUCACCUCCUUUCAUUAGCUAUAUCUGGCACUGUGACUCUUGAGGUCAGUGUCCGAUUGUUUGCUUGUUUUAACUAGAAUAAUGCAAUAGCUGGCCACUUGAAGUUCUCAGUAACUGAAAGCACCAAAGAUUGUUAAGAAUGGUGGAAAGGCGGCUGCUGAGAUUUCAUUCAGUAAGCGGUGCUAAUUAAAAACAUGGCAUCUUCGCUGUGUAGAAGAUGAUGCCUUGUGUGCCAUGCUUCACCAGGACUCAUCGAUCUUGUUUUUAUUCCAAUGAAGCUUAAGUCUAGUUAAGGUCCGAAAGAUGCUUCAUGACAAAGCAAAUGUUUUUUAUACUUGUAUCAAGGAGUAUUUUGUAAAUACAUUAAAUCAAGUGAGAGAAUGUUGUUAGAAGCACUAACAAGGGUGCUGCCCUUUCGAUCUUCAUUGUACAGUUUAAAGUCAUCUUUCUGUGUGUCAAGGCUAGCAUGUGUCUUGCACAUUUGUUGACUGAUGACACUGCAUAAUUGCACAUAAUUGUGAUGCUGCCUCGUUUGCUGCUAUUUCUGAGGUUCUGCUGGAAAACACUUAGCAUGCAUUGAACACUAACAAUUCUUGCCAAGGGUAAAACCUGAAACCUAGUAAAUGUAGGCUUAAUUCAUGAUUUGUAGAGCAGAAGUGUUCAUGAUUAUGUGGCAGUGGCCUGUUCAUCACCAGCUUGUCAUCAAUUCCCCUAUUUUUUUUUUUUUUUUUUUAGAUGAGGUUGUCAUGGUGACAAACAGAUCGAUGAUAUAGUGGUCGCUGUGCUUUGUUUUUCAUUAUACACACACUCUCUCUUUGUAGUUUCUUGCUUAGGCUUUGCAUGAAAACAUUAACUGUUGUUGGUGAGGGUAGGUUUACUGCUUGCAUUUUUUUCCAUCCUGUUGUCUCCACCCCCCCCCCCCUUCACUUUUGAAAUUUUACCCACCCACGCUGCUAUAUCCACCAUACAGUUCUGUUUUCGAUCAUAGCCAUCCAUACAAACAGUCUAUUGGGUAUUGCUUUAUUGUGGUCUUGCAUUGCUGAAUUCUAGUGUACUGAUGAAAACGUUUCAAACAAAGGAUUUUCCCUUUCAAAAAAAAAUUUGUAAACAUUGGUCGCUUGUGUGUAUUCAAAACAAUUCCAUUCCCCACCGUUUCUUCCCCUUUCUGCUCACCAAUCCCCACCUAUUAAUUAUCCUAGGGUUGUGGUACUUCAUAGCUUUAUUCCCUCCUAUCAAAAUUUUGUUAAUGUGAGAUAACCAGAGAUUGCUGCAAUCUUUUAAAUAAGGUAGUCAGCAAGGAAAGAGUGUUAGGAGUUGAUGCAAAGGGCCAUCCCCAUUGUUACCAAGUGUGCAUUCAUACACAUUUCCAGUAACAAAAGCCAUGCUGUCGAUCCUGGCUUCCCCAUGCAUGGUAUUAAAGAGCCAAUAUUAUUCUCACAGCUUUCAGAAAUUUGAUAUUUCUGUAGAAAUGUUGAUAAAGAAUUUUGAGUGGGAGCGUUAUUUCCCUUUUGUGUAUUAUGCAUGAAAAGGGCAGUUGGUGUUAAUUUAAGCAGACUUCAUACUGCAGAUUUUUUUUUUAUUUGCAUGAUGCUUGAAAUGAAUUUGUCAGCUAUAUUUUUCUAUGAUUUGAUUUCCAUGAUAGUGUUUUCUCUAAUAGAGAAUUCGCAUUUGAAAAACAUUGGUAUUUAUCUUUGUUAACAGCCAGUUCUUUCAUGAAGGAUGUGUCAGUAUUCAGUUUUUGUUAUAUAAACAUUUAAAAAAUGUCUCCUACUCUACAUAUCUUUUUCUUAUGGGGUGAUGAAGAGAAGAGGAAGAAGUAUGCUCAUGAUUGAUAUUUUGAUAUUUUUCAGUUGUUUUUUUUCCCCCUCCCCCUGUCCCCAUGGAAUUCUUUGUUUAAAGGUAUUCUAGCAGAAUGUCUAGGUGUGAGGGUAUAAGGAAAUGUCUAACUUAUUUUUUCGAUUGUUAUUACAUUUUACCAAAUAAUGUGGAAAAAACAUUUGCUGAGAGUAAACAUUUAAGUUUCUUUGUCAUGUGCUUUCAUUGUUGCUGACUAAGAAGUAUGGGGCACAGGUGUAUUGAGAUCAUUUGUUGCUUUCCCUUCCUGGUGCCUCGCCCUAACUUACAUCCUGGGGACAGCUAAGGAGUUUCCAUACACAUUAGCACCAUGUGUUGUUGAAGGUGCAUACUAUUCUUCAUCUUUGAAAGGGUUCACCCUUCAAGAGUUGUAAUCACACUUAAGAGAGCAGUUGUGAGAAGUGAAAGGGAGGAAUGUUGAACUUUUCCCCCCUUGGAUUAUUAACAAAGCUUAUAUUUCUGGCUUCAGAAAGGCAAGAAAAAGCCAAGGUUGUCACUUGAGGAACCAAGACGCUUAUAUAAGUUGCUCAUUACAGUGCAGAGUUUCUUUUCUCUCUCCAUCUCUCCUCUCGGUAGAAAGACCUGUAUUUUUUAUAUUCUUUAGUGAAUAAAUAAUUCUUAUUCAGACCAACUUGUCUUAAGAUGACCAACUUGUAAUAAUUCCCCUGAAACCACGUAAUCCUGUGAAACAACUUGUAAUAUUGACUCUGUAUUUAUAGAGUCAAAGAUCAAAUAAACAUGAUCUUUCGGCCUUAGCCAUAAUUCCUGGUAAUAUGUAAUGACUGUGGGGAAUAUGUAAGGGUAACAGGCCUGGGGUUCAUACGCACUGUUGUUGUUUUUUUUUUUUUUCCCAAUUUGGUCCUCACAAACUCGUAAAGGGAAGUCUGUUUUGUAUUUUGCCUCUACUUGUGGGAACAUUCCAGCACCUAGUGCCUCCAGAAUUUCGGGAUUUUAGAAAUAAAGUGAACUUUCAUGUUGCGCACAAUAUUAUGACAUGUCUGUUAAAACGUCUCUGUGAUGAUCAUGGGACCAGAGAAAAGGCAAGAUUGCAUGAGUGCUCUGUAACCUCUGGUCACUGUUAAUUUUGCAUUACUAAAACAAAGCACAUUUGCAUGAUACAGAUUUUCUGUUUAUGAAAUGAUCAGGAUUAUUUUCUUGCUGUAAAUUAGUUGUAGUUUUUUCUGUAAUUUAGCAAAAAUUAUCUCAUUAUAGUUUGUACCAAAUAUUUUCUUAUUAAACACUGUUUGUAGCUCACAUUACUGCAUAUUUUGUUGACAGUUUUAUUUUCUAUGAUUGGUAUCUUGUACAUGAACAUGCUUAGCAAAAAUUGGUCUACAGUUAAUUUCUGCUGAUUUGUUUCUUGUGUCAAGUGUCGGUGAGCAAAGUGAAUAAUAGAAAUGAAUAUCUGUCAAUUAAAAAAGGAAAAGUUUUGAAAGGUAGUUGGUUGUUUUGUGCUAAGAAUGCCCCAUUACGAUUCAGUUGAUAUUUGAAAAUUUGUUAUUGUCGGCAUGUUCACAUGACUUACAGUUUGGCAUAAACCAGUGCUGUAACUAUCUCACAGUCUUCAGUCUUUCUUACAUCCGUGGUACAGAUUAAUUUCACCAGACAUUGCCUUGUUUUUCAUUCAUGUUGGAAUUCAUAUUGGUUUUGGGUUUAAAAAAAUGAGCAUGUUUUUAUUGAGAAGAUUGCUGAUAUACAUCAAGACAAGUUUCUUUAAAAGUUAGUUAAAUAAGUGAGAGGUAAAUAUGUGGUGUAAAUCUAAAAUAUUCUCUCUUCCCUGUGUGUGUCUUUAGGCAAUCUCUGAGAAAUGAUGAUUACGAUAAUAUCCAGCAGGGAUCUAUGUUUAAGGACAAGUAAAUUGAAGUGUUUUAUGUUCCCUCGAUACCAUUUCUUUACCCACCUUUUUUUUAAACUUAAAGAGUGUGUCACUGCUUGGCGCCAUUUUUUCCCAGAGGGUUGUACCCCGUUUUGAUGGGGUAGUUUUUGAAAGUCGAUCAGAUUGUCCAGUCCUGAAAACUUACAUUUUGCCUUAAUUUCAGGAAUGCCAAUUUUGCUUUGCAUUGUACAAGUGAAGCUGGUUCCCUCAUUCCCCUCCAACUCCUUAUCUCUUUUUCUACGUAUGCAAACAUUUUUGUACUACAUUUUCAGCCUUGUCUGCUGAUCAAUACAACAGUGGACAUAGUUUGAUGAGCAGAGCGACAGAAGUGGACAUGGUGUUAAAGGAGAUCACUUGAUUCCUAUACAACCUUUAUUUUCAGGAACACUUUAAUGGGCUUGGACUGGAACAGGAAGUGUUUAUAUGUUCAUUUUGGCACCUACUUUUGUGCCCACCAAGCUGCAUACAAAAAUAUCAUCCGAAGAGCUCUUUUUAAACAGAGAUGUUGUGCCAGCAUUGAACUGUUUCAAAGUGUUCAUAGUUGUGUUCAAUUUUAUGUUUAAAAAGAACACUUUUUUAAAAGAAAAAUUUUGUUUAACUGUAAUGUUAUUUUUAGCAAAUUCUCCUUAAUUUUUCUGAGCCGAAUUUGUUUUUGAUGUCAAAAUUGGUAAGAAGUAUUAAUUUUGUUUAGGGUAAGGUAGGUGGGCAAGAAACAAUACAUUCUUAAGACUAAUCAGCAAUCUAUUGAACUUUGUACUCUUUUUAUGGCUGUUCUUCCUGGUCGUUAGAUUUAGCUCUGCUGAUGGCUGAAGACCAGUUGACACUGUAUAGGAGCUAUUGAGUGACUGUGCGGUUCAGUCUACCCUCUGUUUAUGUUAGCCAAUUGCUCACUUUAAAAUAAUAAAAGUAUCAUGCAUAUUCCAGGAACAAAUAGCAGUGUAAUCUAUACACAUAUAUAUUUUGUUAAAAAUACACGAAAGAAAUAAAAUUGUGUUGAAAUCUUU